CACAGCCAACAUUUCCGAUGUGCCCUGAAGGCAUCACCGAAUAAUGGGCGUGUUUCUCUUCGCCAACAUGUCGGCAUAGGAGUUUCUAUCAAAACUUUACAGUUAAUAUUUAGUAAGUUUAGACGUCUCGCAGUUAGCAGUUGGAGGAAUAUGGUGUGUAAGCGUAGCAUAGACUUAGUUAAGCCUUUUCAGAAUGGUUUAUUUUGUAAGUUUAUAGUCCUAGUGGUUUUUAUCGGCAUAAACUUCACGGUGUCUGACAGUGAAUGGAUCGCUCCAGAGAGAUGUCUCAUCUGGGGUCCAGGGCUGAACCCCGACACAGUUUUACCAGUCCGCUACUUCUUUAUUCAGGCUGUCAAUUCAAAGGGAGAAAACCUGACUUUAUCUCCAGGUAAAGACACAUUUAGAGUUAAGAUGAGUCCGCUGGACAAGAAGGAGCACAUCCGUAUCCACGUCCCUCCACCUCUGGACAGAGGAGACGGGUCCUUCCUGGUGAGGUACCGGCUCUACGGCACUGUGCUGAAGGGCCUGCAAGUUGAAGUCCUCCACCAAGAUGCUGCUGUUGCCCAUUCGCCCUACACCAUCCCAGGUCCAGUGUAUCAUGAAUACUGCGACUGUCCAGAACUUGAUGCUUCCGUCUGGAAGAGCAUCAUGCAGUGUCCCGCUGAGGAGCCUCAGAUUCUGGCGGACUUUAAAUCUUUUCCAACGGUCGACCUGCAGCGUCUCAGACAGGAAGUGCCUCACAGAUUCGCCAACAGGGGAGGUCUCAUUCACUACGCCAUCAUCAACAACCAGCUGUACCGCCGCACUCUGGGAAAAUACACAGACUUCAAGAUGUUCUCUGAUGAAAUGCUGCUCUCUCUAACAAGAAAGGUGAGGGUGCCUGAUGUGGAGUUUUACAUCAAUGUUGGCGACUGGCCAUUAGAGACAAGGAGGGCAGAUGCGGUUCCAGUCUUUUCAUGGUGUGGCUCUACAGACACGCGGGACAUUGUCCUCCCCACUUACGAGGUCACACACUCCACCCUGGAGACCAUGAGAGGUGUCACCAAUGACCUGCUGUCUGUCCAGGGAAACACAGGGCCUCAGUGGAUGAACAAAACAGAUCGAGCGUUUUUCCGUGGCCGGGACAGUCGAGAGGAGCGUCUUCACCUGGUCUCUCUGUCCAAGGAAAACCCAGAGCUGCUGGACGCAGGCAUCACAGGAUGGUUCUUCUUCAGAGACAGAGAGAAACAUGUAGGCAAAGCACCGCUUGUUGGAUUCUUUGACUUCUUCAAGUACAAGUACCAGGUGAACGUGGAUGGAACAGUGGCAGCGUAUCGGUUUCCUUACCUGAUGCUCGGGAACAGUCUGGUUCUGAAGCAGGACUCACAGUAUUAUGAAUAUUUCUACAGCCAUCUUAAAGCAGGCACUCACUAUGUUUCCGUGAAGAGAAACCUUUCGGACCUUUUGGAGAAAAUCAAAUGGGCCAAAGAGAAUGACGCUGAAGCACAGGAGAUUGCCAGAGCGGGCCAGACAGUGGCCAGAGAGCUGCUGCAGCCCAGCAGACUGUACUGUUACUACUACAGAGUGCUGCACAUGUACUCAGAACGGCAGGCAGGACAGCCAACACGGCAUGCAGACAUGGAGCUAGUGUCUCAGCCAGACGACCACACCGCUGUGUGUACAUGUGAGCGUAAAAACCGCAAAGAAGAAACCAACAUAAAGGAUGAACUAUGACGCAAUCUGUCUUUGGUUAUUGUAAUUUUUUCUCUGAAACAUUCCUGACAUAUAAAGAGUGAAGAUAAUUGAAUGUUCCUGAUGCUCACAAGAAAAUGUGAAUUUCACACUUUACAAUUAAGCAUUACAACUCUAAUUGCUUUUACAGUAAAGGAAGACACUUCAAGAUGAGGCCGCAGGACAUUGUUCUCAAAAUAUAAUGCCAGUCUUAGUUUUUGUGGGGGGGUUUUGUACCUUUGUAAAGCUGGGGUUAGUAUGGCAAGAAACUGAGGAUUUAAUUAUUGUUUUGUAAACAUGCUUUUGCAUUGGAUAUUUGUAUACAGUAUUAUCUUAAAAUAAAUACAUCUAAAAUAAA